AUGCCCAAGCGCAACGCCCACACCAUCUUCCAAGACGGAGAGAGCUCGGAGAGCGAUGUGGGAAUCCCCCUCUCCAUGGUGACCAAGGCGACCGCUUCGCCGGCGCAGCCCAGCGCCUCCAAGAAGGCGCGCAAGUCCUCCAGUGAUUCGGGAGACAAGGACAAGGGCAAGUCCCAGACGACCGGUGGCGACCAGUACCUCUCGCUGGGCAACAUGCGCCGUCUCACCGUCAGCGAUUUCAAGGGCGAGAUGCGUAUUGAUAUCCGCGAGUUCUACGCCGACAAGGACUCUGGCGAGGAGAAGCCUGGCAAGAAGGGCAUCAGUCUCAGUGCCGCUCAGUGGGACAUGCUCAAGACCAAUAUCCACCUUGUCGACAAGAUGGUCAAGGACAAGAAGAAGAAGCAGGGUAUGUGA